AUGGCUCCGCCAGCUGCGCAUCUUCGUAUCCAAGACCCCGUGAGAGUGUCACAACAGAAACAAGCUCAUGGAAAAGGGCAAGAAGGUAAGGCGCAGGAGACGAAGAAGCCUGAGCUCAAAGACAACAAUGCUCAAGACGGCCUCGAUCCCUUUUUUCAACCAUUCUAUGCUGGAAAGUCUCUGACCGCACCAAUCAAUACCGCCAAAGACAAAUGGAAUCUACUUCCUGCGUUCCUCCGAGUCAAAGGCCUUGUCAAACAGCAUAUCGAUUCUUUCAACUAUUUUCUUGAGGUUGAAAUAAAGAAGAUAGUCAAAGCUAACCAUAGAGUCUUGAGCGACAUUGAUCCGAAUUUCUACCUAAAAUAUACAGAUGUCUACAUUGGUAAGCCUAGUCGAGCGGAUGAAGACCUAGAUCCAAAGAUGGCAGGCGGCCGACCACAAAUCACUCCAAACGAGUGUCGUCUCCGAGAUAGUAGCUACGCGGCACCCAUACGUGUAAAUGUUGCAUAUAGGCGGGGUCAACGAGAGAUCCGAAAGAAGGGUGUGCUCAUUGGGCGAAUACCCAUGAUGCUUCGAAGCUCGAAGUGCGUUCUGACAAAUGCGACCGAGGAAGUUUUAGCUAGCUAUCAAGAAUGCCCCCUAGAUCCUGGCGGCUACUUCGUCGUCGGAGGUACAGAGAAGGUGAUCCUUGUUCAAGAGCAAUUAAGUAAGAACAGAAUCAUUGUGGAAAAAGACACGCGUGGUAGCAGUCCCCUCAUUCAAGCUUCAGUCACAAGUUCGACUCAUGAACGUAAAUCAAAAACUUAUGUCAUCCUUCAAAAAGACCGGAUCUUCAUGAGACACAAUUUCUUGAAUGAAGACAUUCCAAUUGUUGUUCUGUUCAAGGCUCUUGGCAUCCACUCAGACCGCGAGAUCCUAGAAAUGGUAGCUGGAACAGACAUGGCGUAUCAGGAUGCUUUUGCAAUCAAUUUCGAGGAAUGUGCAAGGUUGGAAAUAUAUACCCAGCAGGAAGCACUCGAGUAUAUUGGGUCCCGGAUCCAAGUCAAAGGCCGCAUAUCCUUUGCAGACCAUCGACGAAGAUAUGUUCAAGAGGCUGUUGAGGCUUUGAGUGCAGUAAUCAUAAACCACGUUCUUGUCUCUGGUAUUAAUUUUCGUCCAAAGGCGAUCUACGUGGCGUACAUGACCAGAAGAGUUCUCAUGGCAUUCCAUGACAAUACUUUGGUUGACGAUAAAGACUUCGUAGGUAACAAAAGACUAGAAUUGGCUGGUCAAUUACUCUCACUUCUCUUUGAGGACUUAUUCAAGAAAUUGAACAACGAUUUUAAGACGAACAUCGACAAGGUUUUGAAAAAGCCAAACAGAACUCAGGAAUUUGACGCCAUCCAGUAUUUGAUUGGGCUGCACAAUCACAUCACCACUGGAAUGGCCAGAGCCAUUUCUUCUGGUAAUUGGGACUUGAAGCGUUUCAGAAUGAGGAGAGCCGGCGUCACCCAUGUGCUAAGCCGGCUCAGCUACAUCAGUGCUCUGGGAAUGAUGACGCGAAUGAGCAGUCAAUUCGAGAAGACUCGCAAAAUCAGCGGCCCCCGAGCUUUACAAGCGUCGCAAUUCGGGAUGUUAUGUCCUUCAGAUACUCCUGAGGGAGAGUCAUGCGGUUUAAUUAAGAACCUCGCUUUGAUGACGCAUAUAACCGUCAACGAUGACGAAGCACCUAUCAAGAGACUCGUCUACAUCCUUGGGGCACAGAAUCUCGAGAAUGUCAAUGGGAAAGAUUUUUACUCAGCGGGUGCCCACAUAAUCCUGAUUAAUGGAUCGCCAAUUGGCUUGACCCACUCCCCAAAAGCAUUUGUGAGUAAUUUGCGGAAGCUUCGUCGAAAUGGCCGAAUCUCGGAAUUCGUCAGUGUCAUGAUCAACAAUCAUAAUUCUACGGUGCAAAUUGCGACUGAUGAGGGCAGAAUAUGCCGGCCACUUAUCAUCGUUGAACGAGGUCGUUCAAAGGUAACAGCACGCUCCCUCCAAAGGAUGCGCAAGGGUAAGAUGGGCUUCGACGACUUCUUGUCUCAAGGCUUAGUAGAGUAUCUCGACGUAAACGAAGAAAACGAUGCACACAUUGCCAUGUAUGAGAGCAAUAUCAACAGUUCAACGACGCAUCUUGAGAUCGAACCCUUCACAAUUCUCGGUGCCGUAGCAGGUCUCAUUCCCUAUCCUCACCACAACCAAUCCCCUCGAAACACCUAUCAAUGCGCCAUGGGCAAGCAAGCCAUCGGUGCAAUUGCCACGAAUCAAUUCAAUCGCCUGGACAGUGUCCUCUAUCUCCUUGUCUACCCUCACAAACCGCUCGUCAAAACCCGCGCCAUCGAACUCAUCAAAUACGACCAACUCCCCGCGGGCCACAACGCCGUGGUAGCUGUAAUGUCAUACUCGGGCUACGAUAUCGAGGACGCUCUGGUCAUCAAUAAAGCUAGCUGUGACCGUGGCUUUGGCAGCUGUCAGGUCUACCGCAAACUCGGUACUGUGCUGAAAUCCUACUCUAACCAGGCGGUGGACAAGAUCAUAGAUCCGACCAAAGAUCCUGUCACUAAAGUCAACAUCAAGAAACACGCCCUACUGGACGAUUCAGGCCUAGCUAGCGUUGGCGAACGUAUGCACAAUGGCGAAGUCUACAUCAACAAAAUCAUCCCCGAGAAUGUUAUCUCUAACUCUGGCGGGCCCGGAGGCUACAAGAGUGCCGAGAUGGCGUACCAUGGGCACGACCCGUGCUACAUAGAUAAAGUCAUGAUCUCAGUGACGGACCGCGAGGACCGGCUUAUCAAGGUUCAAACCCGCCAGACACGUCGACCAGAAAUCGGCGACAAAUUCUCCUCGCGCCACGGGCAAAAGGGCGUUGUAGGUUUGGUAGCCGAACAAGUUGAUUUGCCGUUCACAGACGAGGGAAUCGUGCCUGACAUCAUUAUGAAUCCGCAUGGUUUCCCCUCUCGGAUGACGGUGGGAAAGAUGCUGGAGCUCGUGGCUGGCAAAGCUGGUGUUUUAGAUGGGGAGUUGCAGUACGGAACCGCUUUUGGGGGAAGUAAGGCGGAGGACAUGGGAGACGUGCUGAUCAAGCACGGAUUCAACUAUGGUGGAAAAGAUUACCUUACUGAUGGCAUCACGGGCGAGCCAUUGCCGGCGUAUGUCUUCUUCGGGCCAAUAUAUUACCAGAAACUCAAGCAUAUGGUGAUGGACAAGAUGCAUUCGCGCGCCAGAGGGCCACGGGCAACGUUGACGAGGCAGCCGAUGGAGGGACGGAGUAGAGAUGGUGGAUUGCGCCUUGGAGAGAUGGAGAGGGAUUGUUUGAUUGCGUAUGGGGCCAGCUCGCUGCUACUAGAACGUUUGAUGUUGAGCAGUGAUGCGUAUCAGGUAGAUGUUUGUGGGAGCUGUGGAUUGAUGGGGUAUAAGGGUUGGUGCCAGAGUUGCCAGAAGAGCGAGGGUGUGUCGAAGAUCACGAUACCGUACGCUGCGAAAUUGUUGAUACAGGAGUUGUUCAGUAUGAACGUCGUCGUGAGGAUCCAGCUGGAGGAUGAAUUUCCGGAAGAGUGA